CAGCCGCAUCGCAUUCAUCUCUUCGUCUUUCAUUACAACCUUCUCAUUCAACCACAGAUCCACUCUUCGUGUCGACAUUCAGCAACCGCCAAAAUGAUGGGCUUCUUCACCAACCGAUACAAACUCCACGUCCACAUCUUCCAGGUAGUCCUAGUCGUCGGUAUCGUGGGCCUCACGGUUGUUCGCAUGUUUAAUAAACCCGCCGGGAUGCCACCCGGGAGAUCAAGCACAAUGGCCCUGGGAAUGGGUGCCAAGUCGCUCAUUAUCCUUCUUUACGAGAUCUUAUCCAGCCACACCCGCGCAUUCAAGAAGUGGGGAAGUCUCAAGGCAUACCUCAUUCUGAACGCUUUGGAGGUUGUCUUCUGGGGCGCUGUGGCGUUUAUGAUGAUCCAGGCAAACCUCAAGUUUUGCGAAGGUAUCAACUGUACCCUGAGUUGGGUUGUGGUCAGCCUCGCCGGUAUCAUGAACCAAGCCGCAGUAUACAUGACGAUCGUCUGUUGGCUCGACUUUCGAUACUUCAAGGCCAACGGAGUCGAGCGAGGCUCCAAGUACUCCAACGUCGAUCGACUUGAAAUCCGGUCCGUCGAUGCCGGGUCAGCAUACAAGGGGCGUGAGAGGACCCAGGAGCAAGGGAUUGACCUCGAUGGUCUCAUGGCCAACCCGGCCGCCAUUGGUCGCGAGACUCCCAACAGGAGCCAGAGCCAGAGCCCCAGUGGAUAUCCCCAACCGUACGAAAGCUACCGAAGCCACGGCGAACCUCCCAGCCACUACGACCAAAACCAAAGAAGCCACUACGACCAGCGAAUACAGCCAAGCCACCAAGGGCAGUACCAACAACCUAUGCCUCACGGCUAUCACGGUCAGCAAUAGAGUCCAAUUGGGUUUCCAACAGCAGUUACUACAUCUCCUUUGUAUUCAUCAAAUAGCCAGCACCCUCGCAACCAUAGAGAUAGAUCUCCUUUGUUAAACCAUGUUAUUCUUGACAGUUAGCCCUAGGCAGGACACCGGAGUCAAGACUUAUGUACGGAGUUAAUAAAGG